ACAGACUUCAAAAAUAUAAAAAUACAACUUUUUUCGAGUGGCCCGGAACUUUGUUAUGAAAAUUUUAAAUUUCGCAGUAAAUUACUAAACUAUUGCAUAUUUUUUUAAUAAAUACACAAUCCGCUGCAAUGGAUUUCAUACAAGAAGGCAUUGCUCUGGGUGUCGAUCUUCUUAUACUUGGAAUAUGCUUCAAAGAAUACUACAGUUAUAAAAAAACCGUGAAUAAUCUCAAGAAUGCUCCACAACUACCAAUCGAUGGAGACCUUAAAAGACUCCUGGAAGGAAAAAAAGACAAUAAAAUACCAUACGCUGUGAUCCGAGGCACAAUAAUCCCAAUUGGGGUGCCGAUUCGUAGUGUUAUGUCACCUUCAGUGACCGGUGUCGUGCAAGUGAUAAAGUUGAGUGAACAUCGUGUUGCAAGAGGAUUUGCUGGUUUUUGGACAGAACAACGUCGGCUCAUUCAUGUCUCUUCGAAUGAGAUGCCAUUCGAAUUGAAAAACGGUGACUAUGGCGUUGAAAUUGUCGAUGGUUUAUCAGCAGAAAUUCUCGAUAUGGACGUUGUAUACGAUAAUUACGAACCAUCCUCUUUGUCAUUCUUUGAUCAUAUCUUUGGAUUCUUUUCUGGUGUUCGACAGAAAGGUUUACAAACUACAGAGGAAGUUCUUAGAGAUGGCAGUUUCAUAACUGCCGUCGGUGAACUCGAAUUAGAUGGCAAAACAAUUAGGAUGCAGCCUUCUUCAACAGCUCCACUCUUCCUUACAACUUCCACUAAAUCGACGUUGAUUAAAAAAUUCGAAGAAGCCAAAUCGUCAAUGACGGUGAAAAUAUUUAUUUGCGGUACAAUCGGGGCAGUUAUUGUUGGAAUAAUUGCACGCAAAAUUUACUUAAGGAAAAAACAAGAAAGAGAUGAGCGAAAAAUCAAAGAAGCACUGGACAAUGAAAGGCGAAAGCGACGAGCGAAAACACGACCUCAAAAUCUAACUCCUGAACAACUAUGCGUUGUUUGUUCUACAAAUCCCAAAGAGGUCAUAAUGCUUCCAUGUGGCCAUGUUUGCAUCUGUGAAGAUUGCUCUGAAAAAAUAACAGUUACAUGUCCAGUUUGUCGCGCAAAAAUUCUUAGCAAAGCCGCCGCUUUCAUAUCAUAAUUAGACGAAGCAAUGACAAUCAAUUAAACAAACAAAAUUCAACAGGGUCUAAGGUGCAAUAUAUGGAUUUAGAGAAUAAGGUUAUUGAUUAACUGAACAAAAUGCAAUAAAGGACAAAAUUAAGUUUUAAUUUAAAUAAAA